UCUUCAUCUACAUCAACAACAAUUUUGAUUUUCUCUUCUUCCCUGUUGAUUUCCACCUACCACCACUUUCAUCAACAUCAUCAAAAGCUCCAUGCUUCUCCUGGAAUUCAUGGAUCCUUUUGCAGAAUUCCCUCGCCUACCCUUCAAUCUAACAUGAUAUACAACCGCUAACUGUAGCUUCCAUUGCCUUCCUCACCUCUCAACUCACUCUGAUUUCAUAUUUUUCCAGUCAUGGAUUCUUUCAGUACAUCAACUGGUUUCCGUUUUAACCCGAAUUCAAACACCAUUGAUGAAGCGGACCGAGAUUCCGAGUUCUCGGGCAUUCUGGAAAUCUACGUUCACCAUGCUAGGAAUAUUCACAACAUAUGUAUCUACGACAACCAAGAUGUUUAUGCCAAGUUCUCGCUCACCUAUAACCCCGAUGAUGCUCACUCGACCAGGAUCAUCAAUGGAGGUGGGAAGAAUCCCGAAUUCAACGACAAGCUGAUGAUGAAAGUAACCCAGGUCGAUGCUGUCCUCAAAUGCGAGAUUUGGAUGCUUAGUAGAGCCAGGAACUACUUGGAAGAUCAGCUUUUAGGCUUUGCUUUGGUCCCCAUUUCACAAGUUAUCGGCAAAGGAAAAAUCACUCAAGAUUAUAGCCUCUCUUCCACUGAUCUUUUCCAUUCUCCUGCCGGAACUGUCAAAUUGAGUCUUUCUUUGAACACGUCAAUGGCUGUCCUUUCUCAGACAAAAACAACCAAUUCUUCCAUCUCAGCGGAAGUGGUAUUGCUUGACCGGAAGAUAUCUGAAUCCCAAACUAUUUUAGACCCUGUUGAGUAUUCCAGGAUCGAGUUCCCUGACAUCAAUGUUGUUCGGGAGAAUCAGCAAAUGGUUUCACAGUACUUCAAUGGUUUAAAUCCAAGGCCAGGAAUUGCCUCAUUCCUUCAACUCGGUCAUGUCCAAGACUACGAGAUGACGGUAAAUUCGCCCCAUGAAAUCCCUGGAGGUUCCUUUUCUCCCAAUGGAAGUCUCCAAAAUUCUGGGUUUUUGAGUUCCACAACGAGCCUAAGCGAUGAUCUCAACUCAGCUGACUCGAAUGAGAAGAAGAGCCGUCUCGGAGGAGAGCCAUCGAAUACCGAGACUAAUCCGAGCUCAGACGGUUGUCCCGAUACACUGACUUCGAACAAAGGAUGCGAAGUUCGAUACGAGAACGAGUCGGGUUAUUCGAGCAAACAAGUGUUUUCAGCUCCAUUGGGGAACAUCAAUCUUGAGGCAGAGCAAUCUGCAAUGCAGCAGCAGAUAGUGGACAUGUACAUGAGGAGCAUGCAACAAUUUACACAGUCUUUGGCUAAAAUGAAGCUUCCCAUGGAUCUUGACAGACCCGAACACGAACAUCGUGGCGAUUUCAUCCAAAACAACGGCAAGGAAAUAGAACACGAGAAAAAGAAAGAUGGGUCCAGGGUUUUCUAUGGUAGCCGAGCAUUCUUUUGAAUCAGAUAUUACUGCAAAUUUUAUCCAUGAGCCGAGAACUAGUACUCUUGGCGUUGAUUUUAAUUCCUUUCCCCCCCCCCCUCUUAUUCCUUGUUGAAGAGCCUAGUUUUCUCUGUAAUUCUGUUGUUAAUCCCUGUAUUGACUUAAAUGUUGAGAUUUGUAAUUUAUAAACUGUAACAUAGCCAUGUGAAUAACUGAUGAA